CACAGGAGGGAUGGGAGGUGAGGCAGGGGAGAAAGCCAGAGUAGAGGACUCCUGAGAAGUCUGGGAAUAGGAGAGUGAGGCUCAGGAUGGAGAGUUUGCUUUUUAAGGGAGAACACUGGUGGGAAGAAGUUGUCAGAAGGAGCAGAUAUAGCCACUGGGAAGACGAUGGUGCUAGGUAGCAGUGCUGGUUCCCGUAGCCUGUCCUCAGAAAUUCUGGGGUGGGGUGGAGGGGUUGUCUACUCCAGGCCCCACUGCGUGGUCUGGAACUCAGAGGCUCUGAGUCCAGGAAGACAGAACUGGCAGCAGAGCUAGGCAAGGACUAGGCCCUCAAUCUCUAGAGCACCUCCCUGCCUAUCUGGGUCCCAGAUCAAACCUUUACUCACUGGCCUACUUCAGGAGUCCCCCAAGCUGAACCAAUCCCUGCCAGCUCAAUGUCACCUGCAGUGGCCCAGGCUUGGUUAUUUCUACUCACAGGAGGCUAUGCUGGCCUGGGGCACUAGAGACCAGGGGACUCAGAACUGCCUCUGGGGAAACAGACUGAAGCGCUCACCUGCGAAGUUAAAGCAGACAGUGUUGACCCCCUGUCCUGUAUCCCAGUGGAUGGAUGGGGAGAGGGGCAAGGGAGGACAGAGGAAAGAGUCCUGAGCUGAAUUCCAGAAGACUUGGGGCAGUGUUCUUAUUUUCUGCUUGUAUGAUCCUAGGCAAGUCACUUAAGCCCCUGAUGGGCAGUGUCCCACCUGGGCAUGAGCAAUGAGAGCUGCUGCCAGGGUUGUAAGAAUUGAAUGAGCUGUCUCCAUCCCUGUGUGUGUGUUUGCUGGGGGGCAUGGCAGAACCAGGAAUAAGGAGGCAGCCAUGUGUCCCAGAGGCAGUUUAUGGGCCCUGCCUGCCAGAACUAGAGUUCCUGGUGAGCUGAGGAGAGGCGCUUCCAAGGAUGGGCUGGGAGAGUGGCCAGGUUGGUGCCUAAGAUGCUCAGCCCCAGGGAUGUGGGACCCCCCUGCCCGAGGGCUCCUGCCAGCCCAGGCCCUGCCCCACUGAGGAGAGACAGGGGUGGGGAGACUAACCAGAGAGGCUAAUGCUUCUUCCAGCCCCUUGGGAAGUCGGAUUUGAGGAGUUCGAGCCUACACUGAGACCAGAACCCACUUUUGAGCCUUCCCAGAGAGAGUUGCCCGUGAACCCUCUCAGAGUUUAGUCCCCAGCGCUCCUGGCGGCGCCGGGGCGGAGCUGAGCUCCAGAUGUCCGGGCGGGCACAGCUGGAGGGUCACGUGGCAGCAGCCCCGGCCCCCCUUCCUGCCAACACUGCAUCUGGCCCAGGCCGGGUCCAUGGCCGCCCUUGGGACCCUGCGCUGAGCCCCGGAAGCCCCGGCGUCCGGGGCCGCGCCGCUCCCAAGGGCCCAGCGUGAGUGUCGGGAUCCCAAGGACUGACGUGGGGGCGCGGGCGCCGGCCACGCGGACAUGAGGCGGAGGCUGCGCCUGCGCGGGGACGCGUCGCUCACGCUGCUCCUCGGCGCCGCCCUCGGCCUCCUACUCUACGCGCAGCGCGACGGCGCGGCCCCAACGACGAGCGCGCCCAGAGCGCAAGGGAGGGCAGCGCCGAGGCCCACGCCCCGGCCCACUCCGGGGCUCCGCGUAUUCCAGGCACCGCAUGCGGGCGCAGCCCCGCCAGCCUACGAAGGGGACACGCCGGAGCCGCCCACGCCCACGGUACCAUUUGACUUUGGCCGCUACCUGCGCGCCAAGGACCAGCGGCGCUUCCCCCUGCUCAUUAACCAGCCGCACAAGUGCCGAGGAGAUGGCACACCCGGCGGCGGACCCGACCUGCUUAUCGCCGUCAAGUCAGUGGCGGCGGACUUCGAGCGGCGCCAAGCCGUGCGCCAGACGUGGGGUGCUGAGGGUCGCCUGCAGGGAAAGCUCGUGCGCCGUGUGUUCUUGCUGGGCGUACCCAGGGGUCGGGGCACAGACGAAGCAGACGCGGAGGGGGCGGGCACGCGAACGCACUGGCGCGCCCUGCUGCGUGCUGAGAGCCGCGCAUAUGCUGACAUCCUGCUCUGGGCCUUUGACGACACUUUCUUCAACCUAACUCUCAAGGAGAUCCACUUUCUGGCCUGGGCCUCGGCUUACUGCCCCGACGUGCGCUUCGCUUUUAAGGGCGACGCCGACGUGUUCGUGCACGUGGGAAACCUGCUGGAGUUCCUGGCGCCGCGGGACCCCGCGCAAGACCUGCUUGCGGGUGACGUGAUCGUGCAGGCGAGGCCAAUCCGCGUGCGGGCCAGCAAGUACUACAUCCCAGAGGCUGUGUACGGCCUGCCUGCCUACCCGGCCUACGCAGGCGGCGGUGGCUUCGUUCUUUCUGGGGCCACGCUGCGCCGCCUAGCUGGCGCCUGCGCGCAGGUUGAGCUCUUCCCCAUCGACGACGUCUUUCUGGGCAUGUGUCUACAGCGCCUGCGGCUCACGCCUGAGCCUCACCCUGCUUUCCGCACCUUUGGCAUCCCCCGGCCUUCGGCCGCGCCGCACCUGCGCACCUUCGACCCCUGCUUUUACCGCGAGCUGGUUGUAGUGCACGGGCUUUCUGCCGCUGACAUCUGGCUUAUGUGGCGUCUGCUGCAUGGGCCGCACGGGCCAGCCUGUGCGCGUCCGAGGCCUGUCGCUGCUGGUCCCUUCCAGUGGGGCCCCUAGCCCCACCUAUCACAGCCCCAGGCUCCACUCAAUCAGACCCAGGAUGUAGUGGGAGUUUGAAGGGGAGGUUUCCCAGGCAGAUUACUGCGGUGUGUGUGGUUCUUCCCCAGAAAGGGGCAGAAGAGUUCAGGAUUCAGCCCCAUAUCACCGAAUGUCUGCCACCACAGGGUCCACAGGGAAUGAAGAUUGAGCUUGGCUCCUGCUGCCCCACCUUUUUGGAAGCCGGUCUGGAACCAGUCUAAUGGCGGCCCUCUAAGAUAGCCAGGACUGAGGUGGUGGAGCACCAGGCUUUUUGCCAAGCAGGUGGACAUGUUUGGUCCUCCUAGUCCCAAGUAGGUGUGUGUGGGGGGUGAUGGCCAAGGCUCAUGGAAUAUGACCGACCAUACUCCUUGGUUUGGAACCUGUAGGAUGAUGAAGACAAAUGCAGGUCUUUCUCAAGGCUGGAACCGACAGGGAGGUGUGGAGGCCUGGCCUCAGUCCUCAUGGAACUGGCAGGCAUUCUGCCACAACUCCCAUCUGAAAGCAGGCAUUUUGCUUCCCAUUUGCCCCUCCAAACUGGAUUCUCAGCCCUGUGGAGGUCUUUAGAUCUCUUUCUGAGGUCUGUUCCUGCAGCCAAUCCCUCUUGGGCCCUGGUCUGGCUGGAAUACCAGGAUGGAGGCACACAGGGACAACCUGUGUGCAUGGUCCUACCUAAAGUCUUUCCCCACCUCCAACUACACCCACACAGCUAUGCCAGUCUCCUACUAGAGGCUGUGCUGCCCCCUUCAGAGAAGCAACAGAACCUCUUCUCCUAAGAUGACUCCACUAUAAAUUUUCCCAUAGUCUUCAACCACCUCCUUUCUCAAAAAAUAAACACCCCCACACUUAUUUUAGUACAAACAUCCCAGCAAUAGCACAUGGUGAGCCACUGCUGAGGGCACAGGUCUUUAUUGGAGGAGGGGUGUGGGCAGGGCAUGAGGAAGAUUCCCUCAUUCCGGGAAAUGGGAACAGUUCUGGCUGCUCCGACAGUGGGAUGUGCGGGGGUCUCUGGCCAGGCCACAGUCGAAAUGGGAAGACACCAGUCAGUCAC